AUGAGGCGCAGCCUUCGGCCCAGAACUACCAUCCCUGAUUCCGAGGAUGAUUCACAUUUCAGCGAAACGUCAUUGAGGAAUUCAUCGCCCCUCCGUCGAUCACAGCCCCUGAGAGUGGGUGGAUCAUCCCUUCCUCGAUCCCGAUCUCGAUCUCAGCGCGUCAUCCAGGAUUCCGAAGCGGACGAGGCAGAUUACAUCGAUCGUUCAGAUUCGAUGGCGCCAGAAACACCAGCAUCACGCAAUAUCGCAGUGGUAGUGUCGGCCUCAAAAAAUGGUUCACUCAGUGUUUCGAAUUCUCGGAGCUCAUCUGAGAAACUUUCUACGGGCUACAAUACACCAGCUACUAGUGUCGAAGCCACCGGCACCAAAUUUCCAGCACGUAUCAAUGCAUCUGAUCGUGCAAGUCAACUCCGGUCAAGCACAUUGUCCAUGGGGCUCUCUUCAAGAGGGACCAAGCGAUCCACGGCUACCCGGGAUGAAGAUGAUGUCCGCGAGGCCUCUGAUGCUGCUCUGGCGCAUAAACUCCAGAUGGAGGAAUACAACCAGCCCCAAAAGAGACAAAAAACCUCCAGGGCUCCUACCGAUCAAGAUGAACUUUCCUCUGUUGAAGGAUGGGCAGCGGAGGACGAUGAGUCGGCAAUGGGUGAUAAGGCUGUGUCCUCCCCAUUAAGCCCCGAGCCACCGGGUUUACUCGAAGGGAACCAUGCAGGUCCAUCGAGAUAUGAUACCACCGAUCCUUUUUUUGCCCCCGAGGACCCUUUCGAAGAAGUUGACUCCGACGGCUACAGCGAUCAAUUAGUUGAUUCCGAAGAAGACCUGCCACCAACUUGGGAAGAACAACGAAAGGCCCGCCGCAUGGCAGCCGACCGAAAGAAGCUCGAGAAGAAACACCCUGCAAUUAUUACCAUGUGGGAUGAUCUAAAAUCCCGGCCUAUCAUUGCGCCAGAGCCAGCUAAGCAGCCAGCCUCCAUCACUCGAAAGUUGAAACCAUUCCAACUUCAGGGCUUGAACUGGAUGAUGCAACAGGAGCAGACCGAGUAUCGUGGUGGCUUGCUCGGUGAUGAGAUGGGGAUGGGAAAGACCAUUCAAGCCGUAUCGCUGAUCAUGUCUGACUUCCCUCAGCCUGACCCUACAUUAGUCCUUGUACCACCAGUUGCUUUGAUGCAAUGGGUAUCUGAGAUCCAGGAAUACACAGAUGGCAAAUUGAAAGUUCUUGUUUAUCAUAACUCGGAUUCAAAGGUCAAGACCAUGACGCCAAAGGACCUCCGAAAAUAUAACGUUAUCAUGAUAUCCUACUCAAGCUUGGAAUCUAUCCAUCGAAAGCAGGAGAAGGGCUUCACUCGCGGCCAGACAAUCGUUAAAGCAGACAGCGUUAUUCAUUCAAUCAACUACCACCGCCUCAUCCUUGAUGAGGCACACAGCAUCAAACAACGCACUACAGGUGUUGCCAAGGCAUGCUUUGCCUUGCAAGCUAAUUACAAAUGGUGUCUUUCUGGCACACCUGUGCAAAAUCGAAUAGGAGAGUUCUUUUCUCUCUUACGCUUCCUGAAAGUCCGGCCAUUCGCCUGUUACUUUUGCAAGCAAUGCGAUUGCGAGCAGCUACAGUGGACUGCUGAUAAAUCGGGCCGCUGCACUGAAUGCUCUCACACGGGCUUCAACCAUAUCUCAAUCUUCAACAAGGAAAUCCUUGGUCCAAUCACCGAGGGAAGAACACAGGUAGAACGAAAAGCCGGACUAGAGAAACUUCGCCUGAUCACAGAUCACAUCAUGCUUCGACGGAUGAAGCAAGACCAUACUUCUUCUAUGGAACUUCCACCUAAACGAAUUACAUUGCAUAAUGAAUUCUUUGGCGAGAUUGAACACGAUUUUUCACGCAGCAUCAUGACCAAUACCACCCGGGAAUUUGACACAUAUGUCAGCCGUGGUGUCAUGCUGAACAAUUAUGCCAAUAUCUUCGGUUUGAUUAUGCAGAUGCGCCAAGUCGCCAAUCAUCCGGAUCUCAUCCUAAAGAAGAACACGCAGCCAGGGUUCAACGUUGCUGUGUGUUGUGUUUGUGACGAACCCGCCGAAGAUGCAAUCCGGUCCCAAUGCCGCCAUGAAUUCUGCCGCCAGUGUGCCAAAGACUACAUCGAGUCUUUCCAGGACGAACAAAAAUACGUUGACUGUCCGCGUUGCCACAUUACCCUUUCCAUUGAUUUAGAACAACCAACGCUUGCGCACUCGGAGGAGUCUGCCAAGAAGAAUUCAAUCAUCAACCGCAUCUCCAUGGAGAAUUGGACCUCGUCGACCAAAAUUGAGACGCUUCUGUAUGAACUCUACCAAGAGAGAAGCAAGAGCCAUACUCCCAAGUCGAUCAUCUUUUCUCAAUUCACUUCCAUGCUGCAGCUCGUCGAGUGGCGUCUGCGACAUGCAGGGUUUAAUACUGUUAUGCUGGAUGGAUCCAUGACCCCGGCGCAACGGCAGAAAUCCAUUGAACACUUUAUGACUAAACCUGAGGUUGAAGUUUUCUUGGUUUCUCUCAAGGCUGGCGGCGUAGCUCUCAACCUGACAGAGGCCUCGCGAGUUUUCAUCAUCGACCCGUGGUGGAACCCCGCCGCGGAAUGGCAAAGCGCCGAUCGCAGUCAUCGAAUCGGCCAGCAACGGCCCUGCGUUGUGACCCGGCUCUGCAUCGAAGACUCGGUUGAGUCUCGAAUCAUUCAACUCCAAGAGAAAAAAGCCAACCUCAUCCGGGGUACCUUGAACAGGGAUCAAGCCCAAGCACUGGAGAAACUCACCCCGGAAGACAUGCAGUUCCUCUUCCGUGGAAGCUAA